UAUAUGCUGAGAUUUUGAAGUUAAAAUACUCUCCCAAAAUUUAUUCAAGCACCCAUCAUAUUUACUUCAUCUUUAAAACCUUCGAUUCUUCAUAUACUUCGUUAUAUACACAAGGUUUUAAACCCCGAGGCUUCGUACCACCCAACCUAGCCAAAUCUCGCCUAGAUCAUUUUCAUACCACUCUAUUUGUCCUCCCGAAGGGCUGCCCAAAGUUCGUGUGCAAAUCCAAAAUCCGGUCGAACCUCCGACGAAUUUUUCCGGCGAACUUUUCUGAGGUGAAGUGAAGUGAGGUGAUCUUCGUUCUAAGACCCAAGUCCUUGACGUAUUGACGGGGAGUUAAUAGUCAUUGCACCGUGAAGAAGAGGAAAGACCCGAGAUCUAAUACCUAAGACCCGAGACCGACAAAAGGUGUAGAAAUACAAAGACUACACAAGGUUCUACAUCGACUUUGAGGAAGUAAUGGGGAGUUACGUUCCAAGACAAGCUUUGUAGGUGUUUUUACAUUUAUAGUGAGGAGGUAACGGGAACUUACGCUCCAAGAUAUAUAUUUGUAAAGGCUUCUCCGCCUACUUUAAAGGAGUAUCUUUAUAGUAGAGAAAAUCUUGAGUCCAGUGAGGAGCUCGGGGACUAGACUAGGGGUGAGUGGACUCCAUCGGUUGAGUUAGCCACCGCGAACCAGGAUAAAAUCCCUCGUGUGGUAUUUUUUCUCCUUGCUCUUUGCUUCCGCAUUUACAACUGCCAUUAAUUUAGAUACAAGCUUUUAAAAAAGGGGAUAAACUUUUUAAAACGCCAUAAAGUUUUUAAACUGGUGAUUAAGCUAUUCAACCCCCCCUUCUAGCUUAAUUAUCCCUCAUUUAGGACCUAACAAUUGGUAUCAGAGCAGUUGCUUUUAUUUGUGCUAUUUGACUUUUAAGCACUAUAAAAAGUAGAUCCGAUAUGACCUCCUUUAUUUGAUGGCACGAACUUUUCCACAUGGAAAACAAGAUUUCGCAUUUAUGCUAGAAGUCAAGGUGUCAAAGUUUGGAUGGCCAUAGAAGAUGGUACAAUUAUUCCGACUAAAAUAGUCGACGAUAUUACUAUCGAAAAGAAAGUAAGUGAAUAUACUCACAAUGAGGAAGAUAGAAUGAAUAUCACCGCUAAAGAGGAAAUGGUUCUCACAAGUGCACUUGAAGAAAAAGAAUAUAAACGAGUAAACAAUUGCAAGUCCGCACAAGAAAUGUGGAACAAGUUAGUAGUAACCUAUGAAGGAACUAUCGACAGAAAAGAUUCUCGAACGGAUACUUUGAUCCAAGAAUACGAGAACUUCAAACUCCAAGAUGGAGAAAAUAUCAUCGACAUGGAAACAAGAUUUACUCGUAUAGUCGAUGAAUUAGCUCAACUCGGAAAGAAUUAUACUCGUAAUGAGAAGAAUCGUAGGGUUCUUAAAUCUUUACCUCCGAGUUGGAAAGUUAAAGUUACAACUAUCAAAGAGAUGCACAAUCUCAAUGAUUACCACAUCGAUAACUUAUUCUGAAACCUUCGUGCUUACGAAGAAGAUAAUGUUCCGGAUAUUGUCGUUCCUAAAUGGAAGACAAAAAGAAAAAUAUGGCUUUGAAGUCCAUAUUAAUCGAUGAGGAUGAAAACGACGAGGAGUUGAAUGAAGAACUCCAAAAUCUGGAUGAAAGCGAGAUCGCUCUCUUGACGAGACAACUCCGUCGUGUACUUCAAAGUAAAGCUCAAAGGUAUGGAAAAGGCUUCCUUAAAUCGAAUAAUCAACAAAGAGUUUUUAACUCUAAUGGAAGGCCUAAUUACUCUCCAAACUAUACUCCAAAUUAUAAGAGUAAUUAUCCUACUACGGGCUAUAACAAAGGCAAAAUCAAUCAAAGCCCUAAUGCUUAUAAUCAUGCCAAUAACAACCAUACUUACACUCCUCCUAAACCAAAAGAACAAAAUCCGGAGGAAGCACAAGAUGUGUGUUUUGAGUGUAAGCAACCCGGUCACUUUAAACGGGAAUGUCCUAAAAUUUCUAAAGGAAGGAUUCUCGUGGCUGAAAAUGGUUGGGAUUUAAGUGAAGAUGAAGAGAUCUCGGAAACCAAUGAAGAAGUGGUCAACUUGUGCUUGAUGGCUCUCGAGGAUGAUUCUUCGUCAUCGGAUGUCUCCACUUCAAAUGAUGAGGUAAGUUCUCGAACUAAAGUCUUACAUAACUUACAUCUCUUUAGUGAAUCUUCAUUGCAUUUAUUGGAUAUGAGUAAAAGUGAUUUGAUUGAUUUGAUGGUUGAAAUAAAUAGAAUAAGUAGCAGUGCUAAUCAACGUACACUCUCACUAUGGUCCGAGAAGGAAAAUAUUGAAAAGUUAAACAAAACUCAAGAAGAAGAGUUAUCUCGGAUUAAGGAUUUAAAUCUUAAAAAUGAGGAAGAAAUCUCAUCUCUUUGUGAACAAAAUGAUAUCUUGAAAAAUGAGCAUAAUAAGAGUAAAGAUAUUAUUAUGAGAUUAGAAGUUGAAAAUGUUUCCUUAGUUCUACAAACCGAGGAAUUAGAAAAUGAGAAGCUACAAUUAAAUGGAGAUAAUACUAAGCUUCAUAUUGACUUGUUGAACUUGAAAAUCCAAAAUGAUUCAUUAACUCAAGAAAAAUCAACUUCGGUUUCUGAAAAAGAUAACCUUGAAUUAGUUCAUGCCUUGAAAGAAAAAGACAAGAUAUUUGAGUUAGAAACUCAAAAGUUGAAGGAUGAACACUCCAAGAUUUUAGCUCAUGCCUUAGAUCAAGAAAGAAUUCUUAUUGAUAAAUUAAAUAUCUUGAUUAAGGAAAAUGAAAAUCUUGAAGUUGUAGUUCAAAGGUUCACUAAGGGAAAUAAGAUGUUAGAUAGAAUGGUACAUUCUAAGAUAUCAUAUAAUCAUCAAGGAUCAGGAUAUGAUAAAAAUGCUCAACCUAAAAAGUUUGUACAAGACAAGAAACAAACUACCUUUGUUCCCACUUCACCUAGAUAUAAAUGUUCAUAUUGCAAUAAAGAUGGACAUACGGUUGAAUAUUGUAAAAUCAAGAAUGGUGAGAUUAAGGGGAAGUAUGUAUGGGUUCGUAAAGGAACAAAACCAUAUCCUAAGGUUGAUCAAAAGGUGAGAAAUAAAAACGUUGAUAACACUCAAAGAAAACCACGUUUUAGUUAUGUUCAACAACCUAUUUCGUAUCAACAUAGGAAAACAAGGUAUAAUGCUUAUUCGAUUGGACAAACUUCUAGAAGUCGUUUUAUUCCUAGUCAACAUUUCUGUCCAUAAAAUACCAUGUAUUAUCCAAAUGAUAGAAAUAACAUGUAUCAAGGUGUAAACUUUCAAAGAAACAAUUCUGUAAGAAACCCAAGAUACUAUGACUAUUCUAGGAAUGUUGCAUCUAGAAACUCCUAUGUGCCUAAUCAUGAUUAUGCUAUGCCUAGUUUCUAUCGUGCGAACUCGAAUGCUUAUUAUGAUACACUAACCCGAGGACCCUUAAGACGAAAGGGUGCCUAUAAAUUUAAUUGAUUUGUUUUGUAGGUGUGCCUUGUUACUAAGCAUGAUAUGUGGUACCUUGAUAGUGGUUGUUCGAGACAUAUGACCGGUAAUAAGUCUCUCUUGAAUGACAUUAGAAAGGUUGCUGCUGGAACUGUCACGUUUGGAGAUAGUAGCUAUGGUAUUGGAGAUAUUGGUAAUGAACAUUUCAAAAUUGCUAAUGUACAACUAGUUACGGGACUUAAGUACAAUCUUCUCUCCAUUAGUCAACUUUGUGAUAAUGGAUAUAAGGUAAUUUUCUAUCCUACUCAUUGUUCUAUUUUAAAUAAGGAUGGAAAAUCGAUGCUUACUUGUCCCCGUAGCAAAAAUGUGUACACAUGUGAUAUUAGCAAACAUUCUAAUGUAUGUCUA